UUAAAGGGUUGGGGCUGUCAGACAUCACUGUCAAAGCCGCGGAUCUGGAUCAAGAGCGGCAGGCUGAGACCCGGGAACUGGCCCAAAGUCAAGGAUCCGAAUCCCAGCAACUUUUCUGAGAAGCGAUUUCAGUAAAUACCAGUAAAGAGAGAAGAAAGUCAAGAGACUUGAAAGCAGGAUGCUGCCCAUCACUGACUACCUGUUGCAUCUACUGGGGCUGGAGAAGACGGCCUUUCGAGUGUAUGUAGUGUCGGCUCUGCUGCUAUUGCUCCUUUUCUUCCUCUUCCGCCUGCUGAUGCAGGCAUUCAAAUUAUUCAGUGACUUCCGUGUCACCUGCCGCAGGUUGAGCUGCUUCCCAGAGCCUCCGGGCCGCCACUGGCUGCUGGGCCACAUGAGCAUGUAUCUUCCCAAUGAGAAGGGCCUUCAAAAUGAGAAGAAAGUGCUGGACACCAUGCACCACAUCAUCCUGGCGUGGGUUGGACCUUGCCUGCCUCUCUUGGUGCUUGUACAUCCUGAUUUCAUCAAGCCUGUGUUGGGUGCCUCAGCUGCCACUGCACCCAAGGAUGAGUUUUUCUAUAGCUUCCUGAAGCCUUGGUUAGGGGAUGGACUUUUGAUCAGCAAAGGGAACAAAUGGAGCCGGCAUCGACGCCUGCUCACACCUGCCUUCCAUUUUGACAUCCUGAAGCCCUACAUGAAGAUUUUCAACCAGUGCACAAACAUCAUGCACGCUAAAUGGCGGCGGCAUCUGACAGAGGGCUCAGUGACCUCCUUUGACAUGUUUGAGCACGUCAGCCUCAUGACCCUGGACAGCCUUCAGAAAUGUGUAUUCAGCUACAACAGUGACUGCCAGGAGAGAAUGAGCGAUUACAUCUCUUCCAUCAUCGAACUAAGCGCUCUGGUGGUGCGGCGCCAAUACCGCUUGCAUCACUACCUGGAUUUCAUCUACUACCUCACACCAGAUGGGCGGCGUUUCCGCCAGGCCUGCGACACGGUGCACAACUUCACCACUGAAGUCAUACAGGAGCGGCGGCGGGCGCUGCGCCAGCAGGGCGCCGAGGCAUGGCUGAAGGCCAAGCAGGGCAAGACCUUGGACUUCAUAGACGUGCUGCUGCUGGCCAAGGAUGAAGAGGGAAAAGAAUUAUCCAAUGAGGACAUCCGGGCUGAGGCAGACACUUUCAUGUUCGAAGGUCAUGACACAACAUCUAGUGGGCUGUCGUGGGCGCUGUUCAACCUGGCAAAGUAUCCAGAGUACCAGGAGAAGUGCCGGGCAGAGAUCCAGGAAGUCAUGAGAGGCCGAGAGCUGGAGGAGCUGGACUGGGAUGACCUGACUCAGUUGCCCUUCACCACCAUGUGUAUCAAGGAGAGCCUUCGCCAGUUCCCACCUGUGACCCUCAUCUCUCGUCGCUGCACAGAGGAUGUCAAGCUGCCGGACGGACGCAUCAUCCCCAAAGGAAUUAUCUGCUUGGUUAGCAUCUACGGGACUCACCACAAUCCCAUAGUGUGGCCUGACUCUAAGGUAUACAAUCCUUACCGUUUUGACCCGGACACCCCACAGCAGCGCUCUCCGCUGGCUUUUGUACCUUUCUCAGCAGGUCCCAGGAACUGCAUCGGGCAGAGCUUCGCCAUGGCAGAGAUGCGUGUGGUCGUGGCGCUGACACUACUGCGCUUCCGCCUGAGCGUGGACCGAACCCACAAGGUGCGGAGGAAGCCGGAGCUUAUUCUACGCACGGAGAACGGCCUUUGGCUCAACGUGGAGCCGCUAUCCUCGCGGGCGAGCUCCACGGAUCCUGGCGUUCAGGCUCCGCCCGCUCAGGCCUAGACCACGCCUCCAAUGACCUGGAUCCGCCCCCAAGAUAUUGAGGGCGUUGACUACGCUCCUCGAAAGUACUGGAGGACAGAGCUUUGUAGAGGAGCAUCUUGUUGGUGCUGACUUUGCCCCUCAGGACAAGAUCCCACCCUUGGGAGCUGAUUCCAUCCCUUGAGGUCAAAGUUCCGCUUUGAAUUACUCUCGCCGGCCCUUCAGCGAGAGGGAAUCAUACUAGGCCCCGCCCCCUCGGCCUGGGCCACGCCCCCAGCAUAAGUCAGUUUACCUUGGCCCUGCGGAUUCUGAUUCCUAGGCCCCACACAGAAACUUCCUCGGACCUAAGUCUCACUGCUGAGGCUGUAUACUCUGGUUUUCCCUCUGGCUGUACCCAGGUUAACUUCUAAACCGAGGAUUUAGAAGCUGGAGCCUGAGGUUGCAGUCCUGACUCUUCAACGUCACCUUUCCCGAGACCCGCAGCUCCAAGGAAGGACUGUUCAAGCCGAAUCUCAGGACUUAGGCUGUUUGCUUUGUUGUUGUUUUGUAGACCUGGAACCCUUGCAAGCUCCUUCCUUCUUGGUCACCAUCCCUUUGCUGAGUUUUCUCAAUUUUAAGAGUGAGAAUAAACGCAAAAGGACCCA